AAGAGAAAGAGAGAGAGAGAGAGAGUGAGAGAGAGUGAGAGAGAGAGAGAGUGAGAGAGCUUUCAAUGAUCUAUCUAUAUUAUCAACGAAUUGAGAAAGUAUCCAUAGGAAAAGUCUCUUCUAGUGUAUUUUGUGAAAGCUGUGUUAAGAAAUAAAAUUUCUUGGUUUCAAUGAAAUCUCUGUGAGUGAUUCGAGAAAGAUGGAAUCAUGCAUCCAUUGAAUACCUAAUGAAAAAACAAAUAUAAGAGAUCAAACGUUAUUUAAAGCGAUGGCUACAUUCGCAAAGAUCUCGAUUCUAAGACUGAGCAUCGUGAUCUUCCUACUCUGCGACUAUGCUACGAGUCUGAUUAUACCGGAAGAACUUCCUACGAUACUUUCGCUAAUUUAUUCGAACAUACCGCCAAUAAAAAAAGGAACGGACUCAAGACUUGGCAUUGGUUUUCGGCUCGGCGAACAUGCUGAUUUUCAAAUUCUCUUGGAAUUAGGACCUCAAACUGAUACCAAUCCAAUUGGUACCAACGAAUCCAAAAAAAGAAGAGACGCGAUGUACAUGGCUGCGAUGAAGGGAGAAUUAGGCCCUUUGGCACAAGCUAUAGCAAAAUAUCAAACUGAACGUAGGAUAUAUGAGGAAUUGGAAAAGCUCAAGAAGCUCGAGGAGAAAAUGAAGAAUGUUGAAGUUCAGAAUGCGGAAAAUAAUAAAAAUAAUACUUCCAGCGAUUGGUUGGUAAACUGGAGUAAGGAAAUGUCAAAGUCCUCUGUGACUCAAGUGCCAUUAAAACAAGUUUCCAACGAGGAAAUUUCUUUAAAUACCAGCAGUAGUAAUCAGAAAACCCAGUCUGCUGUGAGCAAGGAGAAACUAGAAGAACUAAAAAAAUUAUAUAAAUCAGUGACAGUUGAUAAUAAAACUUAAAUUUGUAUAUAAGACAAUGCUUACGCGCGAUAUGAUGUCAUUUCCCGCAAUAUGUACUGUAAUAGAGACAAAAAAACAAAAAACAAAUUUCAUAUAAUAAUUUACACGUAACGUUUAUUAUAUUUAUUAAUUAAACAUCUUUUAUACAAGCAACAGAAUUAAUAUUAAAUCUGUAACACAGCUUAGGCAAAGAGAAUUUUUGUCGAGAAGGUAUUUUCAUGCGGUAUUAUUUCUCUUUUUCUAAAUAUAUAUGUAUGCGUGUGUGUGUGUGUGUGUGUGUGUGUGUAUGUAUGUAUAUCGUGAAUAUUUUGUAUUACAUAUAUUUCUUUUAAUCAAAGCUAUGCUAAGCUUUCUAUGUGAGAUAAAUGUGAUAUUAAUAUCAUCUGAAGAAAAAGUGUAAUGGUUUGAUGAAAAUGACCUGAAUACAAAUAGUUACAAAUACAUACGUUUUCUGAUUACUGCAAACAUGAAUCCAGGAAAGAGAGACACAAAACACCUGCGUACAAUAUUUUAGUAAAUAACAAAAUUAUAAUAAACUUUUCAAUUAUAGUAAACAAUCUUAUAAAAUUAUAUGUCUGCAUUAAGCGAAUAACAAUUUUCAAUAUAUUGUUCAAUAUACAUUCCUAUACUUUUACAAUAAAAUUAGUUAUCUCUGGUUUAUAGUUC